GUGUGACGUCAUCAGGCGGCGCCGCUUCAGUGCUGUAAUUCAACUGGAGGAAGGAUAAAGUGUCCAAACACAGAGAAAAACUCCUCCAGAAGCGACUGAUCUCCACACUGUUAUAAAGAUGGUGUUUAUUAAACAGGAGAGUGAAGAUUUGAAGAUUGAAGAAACAUUCAAAGUCAAACAGGAAGAUUCACAGGAACAAACAGACCUGAUGGUGCUGAAAGAAGAGACUCAUCAAUGGAAUGAAAUGGAAGAAAAAAAACAACAAGAAAUAACAACUGAUGAAAAACCCACACUCACUAAAAAGACUUCAUCACGCGGAAGACCUCGGAAAUCCAAAUCUGGGUGUAAUUUCAGCUGUAAACGGUGUAGAAAGAGUUUCAGUCAAAGGUCAAACCUUGAUGUUCACAUGAGAGUUCACACAGGGGAGAAACCUUACACCUGCAAACAGUGUGGAAAAAGCUUCUAUACUAUAGGAAACUUAACAGUGCACAUGAGAAUUCACACUGGAGAGAGGCCGUACACAUGCCAAAAGUGUGGGAAAAGCUUCUAUACUACAGGAAACUUGGCAGCGCACAUGAGAAUUCACACUGGGGAGGAGCCUUACUCUUGCCUUCAGUGUGGAAAGAGUUAUAAGCAAAAUGGCAACCUUGAAGUCCACAUGAGAACUCACACUGGAGAGAGAAGCUUUCUUUGCACACAGUGUGGGAAAGGUUUUUCUCAAAAACAAAACCUUACCAUCCACAUGAGGAUUCACACUGGAGAGAAACCUUACACAUGCACAGAGUGUGGUAAAAGUUUCAGAUGUAAAAACACACUCGAUCACCACAUGAUAAGUCACACUGGAGAGAAGCCGUUUGCAUGUGCUCAUUGUGGAAAGAGCUUCACAACCAAAGCUAGGCUCAUGAAUCACACCAAUGGUCACACUGGAACCACAUGUGAUCAUUGUGGAAAGAGUCUCACAUGCAAAGACUCCAUAAAGCAACACAUGAAGAUUCACUCAGGCGAGCGUUUUCGAUGCAGUGAGUGUGGAAAGGGCUUUAAACAUAAAAGAAGCCUCGUCAAUCAUAUGAAGCUUCACAAUGGAGAGCAAAAAUGAGGCCUUGUCCAGCGGAGCUUAAGGCUCUCACCCGGGAUAGCAUGGAAUAGCAUCUCGGGACAAGUGUGAACUCUUGAAUACAUCUCAAGUUAUUGGCAUGAAACCCUUUGAACUUGAAGAUUUAAACUCAAUAACUGAAGAGGGGUGAAGAUGUGCCAGGUUGUGAGAGUUUCUACAGGGCUGCAAUAAAGCAAAAUAACUCUAUAUGUGUUUCAAGUUAUUAUGAACUGAAAACCAGUUGUUUACAGAAAGUUUAAUUGUUUUCAUGAAGAAAACUAGUUUCUUUUCUAAAAUCAGUCCAUCAAAAUAUAUGUUUAGUGUUUUGAAGCCAAAGUCUUCAUUUGUUACCCACAACACAUCAAGAUUUGAUCAAGUCAAAAUCUCAUAAUCUGACACAAAUCUGAUCUGUGGUAACUGGCAAAUGGCAUUAUGUAGUCUGAUCAGGGCUUUAUGGAGUCUGCAUCAGUCUCUCACUGUCACUGCAAGUUCACAACAGUUUAGGUGGAUUUUUAAUCACCACCAAGUUUUGUGACACUGCAGACAAAAGCCAAAAUUGGAGGCAAUCGGUGUUUGUUUAAGGGAGUGACAAUCAAACAAUGUGAAUAAUCAAAAACACAAUCUAAGAGUGUAGGACAGUUUUCUCUGCAUCUCCCCAAACAUUUUCUCCUCCCUAAUCUUUCUAAUUCUCUUUUCAGUGCAGACCAUUUGAUUGCAGUGUGCAAUGUGCACAAAUUUGGUUUCCUUUGAAGAAAUGUUCAUGUGAAAACUCCCACAUUACUACAAAUAAAUCUGUGUAUGGG